GGCCGGUCCCUCCGCUCCGCCCGCUCCUCCGUCCGCCGUUCCGUCCGUUCCCGCCCCGCUGAGCGCCAGCAAGACGAAGACGAAGAAGAAGCACUUCGUCUGCCAGAAAGUCAAGCUGUUUCGGGCCAGCGAGCCGCUGCUCAGCGUCCUCAUGUGGGGCGCCAACCACACGAUCAACGAGCUGAGCAACGUCCCGGUUCCCGUCAUGCUGAUGCCCGACGACUUCAAGGCCUACAGCAAGAUCAAGGUGGACAACCACCUCUUCAACAAGGAGAACCUCCCCAGCCGGUUCAAGUUCAAGGAGUACUGCCCCAUGGUUUUCCGCAACCUGCGGGAGCGCUUCGGGAUCGACGACCAGGAUUACCAGAACUCGGUGACCCGCAGCGCGCCCGUGAACAGCGACAGCCAGGGCCGCUGCGGGGCCCGCUUCCUCACCACCUACGACCGGCGCUUCGUCGUCAAGGCCGUGUCCAGCGAGGACGUGGCCGAGAUGCACAACAUCCUCAAGAAAUACCACCAGUUCAUCGUGGAGUGCCACGGGAACACCCUCCUGCCCCAGUUUCUGGGCAUGUACCGCCUGACGGUGGACGGCGUCGAGACCUACAUGGUGGUCACCAGGAACGUCUUCAGCCACCGGUUGACCGUCCAUCGGAAGUACGACCUCAAGGGUUCAACCGUCUCCAGGGAAGCCAGCGACAAGGAGAAGGCCAAAGAGUUGCCCACAUUCAAGGACAACGACUUCCUGAACGAAGGACAGAAGUUACACGUCGGGGAGGACAGUAAAAAGAAUUUCCUGGAGAAGCUGAAACGGGAUGUGGAGUUCCUGGCCCAGCUGAAGAUCAUGGACUACAGCCUGCUGGUGGGCAUCCACGACGUGGACCGGGCGGAGCAGGAGGAGAUGGAGGUGGAGGAGCGGGCGGCGGAGGAGGAGGAGUGCGAGAACGACGGCGGCGCGGGCGCCCUGCUCUGCUCCUACGGGACGCCCCCCGACAGCCCCGGGAACCUCCUCAACUUCCCCCGCUUCUUCGGGCCCGGCGAGUUCGACCCGGCCGUGGACGUCUACGCCAUGAAGAGCCACGACAACGCCCCCAAGAAGGAAGUCUACUUCAUGGCCAUCAUCGACAUCCUCACGCCGUACGACGCCAAGAAGAAGGCCGCCCACGCUGCCAAAACGGUGAAACACGGAGCCGGGGCGGAGAUCUCCACGGUGAACCCCGAGCAGUACUCCAAGCGCUUCAACGAGUUCAUGUCCAACAUCCUGACAUAAUCGCCGCCGCCGCCGCCUCCUUCAGCCGUGAGGCCGGAGGGGAGGGGGCCGGGGUGGGGGGCGGCCGGGCGGACCCGCCAGCGGGGAAUGCAGCCUGCGACACUGAAACAGACACUGUAGCAGCAUGUGUGUGCGCGUGUAUCGUGUGUGUGUGUGCGUGCGUGGGCGCGUGCGUGGGCAUCCCUCGUGACCCAACAGAAAACUUCGUCAUAGGAGCACCGUUGGCCGGCCGGGCCCCCGGCCCCUGGGUCACUGCUACUCUGGGGGCCGGGGGCUUUGGAAGGCCUUUUGUUUUUAGCUCCGGCCCCUCCGCUCAGCCCACCGGGCCGCGGCGAGAGGAAGCGAGCGUGGUGGUCCUGGGAGCGCCGACCUCCGUGCUUCGGGCCCGCCCCCAGCCCCCCGUUCCUCCCGGUAGCCCCAAGCUCGCCGCAGACCCGGGCCUCCGCCCCCUCCCCGCCUGGAGCUGCAGGCGGGGAGGCCGGGGAAGCCCCCCAAACGGCGGUCCCCCCCCGACCCCACGUCCGAACCUCAAACCUUCCCAAAUCGAUCCCCCCGCCGCGUCUGGGGUUCGUCCCGUCCUCCGCAGAGCCCAGCCCCCCACCCCCAUUCCCGCUCGAUCAUGGUGGACCAGAUCCCCCCCUUCCCCAGGGUCUCCAUCCCAAUUCCGGCCGCCUCGCGCCGGGCCGGGGAGGAGCCCCCGGGGUCGCUUUCCUCCACCCCCAACCCCUUCAUUCAUUCAGUCGUAUUUAUUGAGCGCUUACUGUGUGCAGAGCGCUGGACUAAGCGCUUGGGAAGGACAAGUUGGCAACAUAUAGAGACGGUGCCCACCGGCUGCGCCCCCCAACAGAGCCUGGCUCCCUCGGGCCAACUGGGGAAAGGCUUUGGGCGAGUCUUUGGCGGGAGGCGGCCCGAAGGGAUGGCAGUUGGGGUGCCACCCCCUCUCCUCUGGGGCCUAGGAGGCUACGGGAUUGGGAAGGGCAGCCCACCCCGGCCACCCUCCGGGACCCGACUCGGGAGAGACCCCGGGCCCAACGCGUUCCCCUCAACCCCUCCGACCUCCCUUCGCUGAAUCAGGUGCAGAAAAACGAUCUCGACCCUAGAAAAAUUGGAAACCUCUCCCCCGUGUCUCCGCUCACGUUGCCCCUCAACCCCUCCGACCUCCCUUCGGCGAAUCAGGUGCAGAAAAACCAUCGCGACCCUAGAAAAAUUGGAAACCUCCCCCCCGCCGUGUCUCCGCUCACGUUGCCAUACCGCGUGUACAGAUGUAAAUGCGAUUUUACCCUUUAAAAGACGUCCUGCCCAGGUGUCCGCCGUGGUGAACAGAAGCGUCUCCUUGGCAUCUUGUUUACAAGCCGGCGCGGCCCCCGCGGGCUUUUACCCGCUCAGUGUUCCUAGACAGUAUUUGUCGUGUGGCCUCGGCCGCCGGGUGAACGUGACAGAUGUUUCGGGUUGUGGCUUGGUUUGGUUACUUUUUUUUUUUAACGUUCUCCCUCUCCCCGUUUCGUGCCGUUUUCAAACCUUUCCGUUUUUGGUCCUUCUUGGAAUUCAAGUAUUUAAAAGCUAUUAAUCUUGGUUAUCCAGGUUUUUUCGUCGUCGUUGUUGCUGUCGUUGUUGCUGUUGUUUCUUUAGUUUGGUUCUUGAAUGAUACGGAGGUGUUCGACUUGGCGCCCACCUCUUCGGCCCACCCGCGGGGCGAGGUGGAGGGCAGCCCUCUCCAGCUGGGGCACACGGGGUUGAGGUUGGCACAAGCCCUUCGGCGGCUUGACGCAGCUUGCCCCGUGCCCGCGGCUUGCCCUCACCCCCACCACGGCGCCUCCGGUCCCGCGCCUUCUCCUUCUGUCCCGGCCGUGGGCAGUCAGGGCGACCGCCGGACCCGGCUGGGACGGACGGGGCAGGUGGCUUCGACGGGCGAGGGAAGUGCGGGGAGGCGUUGGCGAGGCCGGGCCCAGCGGGAGCAGGGAGGCUGUUGGGAUUAAUUCUGGAAACGGGGGCGUGCCGUCCUCCCAAAGCCCCCUUCUCCACCCAGAGUUCAGUCUUAGGCGGGCGCCCGUCCCCUUCCCUCCCUGACGGGUGCCCGCCUCGGGCCCAGGUAACGCCUUCGGGCCCGUUACUGUUCUUGAACUGCAUGCGUGUUACAAGGUGAAUCUCCAACAGAAAAAAAUAAAGCC